UAUAAGUUGAGGCGUGGCAUACUUUAGUAUGAGAGGAAGAUGGCUUCGAUUCUUGUUCCAUAGGACAGCUUUCUACGGAACCGAGUCUCAAGUCAACCGAAUUUCUUUUCUUUAAACUUCCUCACGUUACUCUAAGAUGUGCCAAUACGUCAAACAUUUAAGAGCCUGCUAUGUUUGCGGUCGUGAAGAAAUUGUUUUGAUUUCGGAAAAGUCGUGCGCAAUUGCAACAUCGAGGGGCGUAUUUGGAAGCUGUGGGCGUGACGUCGACGGCAAAUCCAGCAGAACUCGAUAUCAAUGUUGGAAAUGUAAGGAAGAAUCCGACUUGGUCUCACCACCAACACAGACUGUACGAGCAGCGGGACCGUGAGCUUCGCACGGAGUAGAAGAAGAAAAGCAAGGUCGAUAUAUAACAAUGACUCUCCGACCUAAAAGGCAUCUUGGUCCCUUACGUACCUCCUAUAUAUGGUAGCGUAGGGGUUGCAUGCUAAUCGAGUACAUACCUCCCAGACAGUCGGGGCAGUCUAUGAAUCGACUUUUACAUAUGAAGACCAAAUACCACAUAUUCAUCAACUCACGCAGCUCCAACUCUAACUCUAUGAACAGAUAUAUUUGUAAACAUGAUUCAAGUCUAUAUAUGUCCCAUCAACUUGAGCAUGGCUUCAUCGUCUUCCUACACUACUUUCUAUCUACUACCUAAUAAUUAC